UUAUUGGCAUAGUUUUACUUAUUUUACAUUUAGGGAGUUUUAAUAGAAAAAAAAUAAUUUAAAUUGUAUAAACAUGUAACUCUUUCGUUCUUUUCACACAAUAUCUUAAGAAGCAUGUGAUAAAUGAUAGAAGAAUCGCAAAAAGUGAACGUGAUGUUAUUAUUGAUAGACAGAAAGGUGGUUGCAGCUUGUAUUUUAUGAACUCUCGUUUAUAAUUACUUUACUAAACUUUUUUUGAAAUAGAAGACUGCUUGUUACAAGGUCAAUUAUUUUACGAAUGAGCUUCUACAAGCUUUAAAGAGUUCCUGUUACGCCGUCCGGAACGGCAUCGCACACAAUUGGAGGAUCGCAAUGAGUUUAUGAGAGAGAGCUGGGAAGCACUUCUCGGCGGUCGAGAUGGGCACGUCGCGGUACGUGGCUUGCGCGCUUCUGCUUCUUUUCCCGCUAGCGCUGACGCGACAUGAUGAUGACUUCGCAUUUGAUAACAACGAAGAGUUUCAGGUUGAGCUGACGGCAAACCAUUCAGAGAUAGCAAAAAAUGGCCUACGAAGAUUAUGGGGUGUUCCUGAUACAUCGGCCUAUGUAGGACAUUUGUUCCGCAUGGAAAUCCCUAAAGAAGCGUUUUCCGGAGAAGUUUUAGCAUAUAAGGUCCGAAGCGAAGAUGGUCGCCGCCUGCCCAGCUGGCUGGCCGUGGACACCAAACACGGUUUGAUCAGCGGGGUUCCUCAGCGGCAGGACAUAGGCUCACACAACUUUAGGGUUACUGCUCAUGGGCGCACACAUGGCUUGACUGCCAUGGAUACGUUCACCGUUGAGGUGAAAAAGUCAGAAGAAAAGCCACAGUCUCGAUAUGGGACGUGUAUUAACAACGAAAGCAGACUGGUCCUAGUUAUACUCAUAGAUACAGCAUUCCACAAGAUACUGCCGCGUCAUAGGAUAAGAGCGCUCAUGGAAUUAGCUAGCUUCAUGGCGCUUGACGGGGAUGAGUUCUGGAUGGAGCCCUACAAAGUGGAGCAUACACAAGGUCACGCGGUCAUAUUGAGCGGCCCGGGAACGACGAAACGAAGACACAGCGAAGCGACCACUGCCAUUUAUCUAAACGUCGGUUGCGGAGAAAAGCUAUGGAGUAGACACAAGGUGCUGGUAGCGGGUUUACGGGAGCAGUCAAGAGAUGGCACUCUUCACCAAUUGCUUCAGCUUCCAGUUUUGGGCUGGAGGCUGCUUGCAGUUAAACCUAACUCCAGGCUGAAGAGACAGUCGGAUCCAAUGGAUGGUUCAGGUGAUUACGACAAUUAUGAUGGCGAAGAAGACCCUGCGGACUACAGCGGUUAUGAUGAUGAUGACGAUGACUUCGAUUCACCUAUUGACAUUGGAGCAGUCCCUGAUCUGGUGGAACCCCCCACUUCCCCGCACCCACACCGCCACCACCAUGGCCAGCCCGACUUCGCGCCAACCACCGACACGUUUCAGAACGAGCUCGACUCGCCGGAGACGCAACCCCCAGAGCCCUAUACACCCCAAACAUCUCUUAACCCUCAAACUCCCCAAAACCCCAAUACAACUCCUGCUACCCCAUCCGACACAACGCGGCCGCUAACAGAGGAUUACCAAGAACUCGCUACUAACGCGUAUACAACAGAGGAUCAUAAAGUCAAAAUCACUCCGUACUCGGAGUCUGCCUCCGAGGCAAGCAGUGUCAACUUCUCAAAGGAACUAGCGCCAGUGAACAGAAACCUCGAUGAUCAUUCUCCUAUACUGAUUGUCCCGGAAGACGUAACCACAUCGACGGAAGCUGAACUACAAACGGUAAUAAUACGCGCAUCAAACGAACUACCCCCGAUGUCUUCCUCCGAAACCCCCUCAACUAUGCCAGUGGAGACCGAGCCGACGACAAGCUCUACGACAUCGACGACAUCAACGACGUUGACAACAUCAAAGACGUCGACAACUACAACAACGACUGCGGCGCCGACAACACAGUUGCCAGCUGUGAGCUUGACAACUCCGACAACUGUUUUGACCACUCCCGAAAGUACAACGGAGGAAGUAACGAGACAGGAGACAAUGACAUCAUCGGAGAGGACUAGUACCAUAAUAGGACGCACUACAGAAACAGUUACGUUUGCAAUGCCCAUCAACCAGCCGCCAACGCUCAAGCAUCACAUGAAGAAACUGGCCAUCACUGCUGGAAAGGCUUUCAGAUACAUCAUACCUGCAGAUCUGUUCACGGACCCAGAAGAAGGCAGCAAUCUGACAUUUACGAUGUACGAGGCUGAAAAUGUUCCGCUUAGCCAAAACUCAUGGAUUCAGUUUAUUCCUAGCGAGAGAGAGGUUUACGGAUUACCGCUUGAAGCUCACGUAUCUCGCUGGAAUUUCAUAGUAGAAGCGCGUGAUAGCGAUGGUCUCCUUGCACGGGGACCUCUCGAUAUCACAGUGCAACAGCACAAAAGCGCUAGAACUAUCAAUCACCACUUCACGAUGCAGUUCAAAUUGAUGAAACCCUACACGAACACAAUUGACUGGCAAAUCCGGGCUUUGGAAGGAAUUGUGAACCUCUUCAGAGAUACAGAUAUGGAUCACCUGACCGUGUUGAACGCUACCCUCAUUGGGGAUAUGUGCGAGUUUGUAUGGACUAACGACACGCUCCCGAAGGAUACUGCCUGUCCCAUGGAUGAUAUUAAUCGGCUUAUGAAGAUAUUAGAAUCGGAGAGCGAACCCGGAUCCCCAUCAGCAGGUCUAGCUCGAGCGAUGUCCCCGGAGCUGAAAGUGAGUGCCGUAGGUUGGCGUGGGCUGGGCAGGUGUGCAGUGGCUCCGGCCACGAAGGCUCCUGACACCUAUCCACCCGUCACGAGAAACCAGGUGGACCAUCUAACGGCUACUGUGGGACAUCUUCUGGUUUACAAGGUGCCUGAGGACACAUUCUUCGACCCAGAAGACGGUGGUACCCGCAACUUGCACUUGUCUCUUCGAUUCAGCGACCGUUCUGAAAUCCCAUCCAACAACUGGUUGCAGUUCGAUGCCAACAACCAAGAGUUCUAUGGUCUACCCUCCGCCAACGAUCAGGGCAGUGUUCAUUACCAACUGAUCGCAGAAGAUUCGAGCAAAAAGAGCGCAUAUGACAGCCUCAUAGUGGAAGUAGCGAAGGCACCAACGAUUCGGCCCACAGUAGAGUUCCAGAUGACGAUGGAUCCUUCACCCAAUCUGAUGGAAACGGCUGCGAAUAAGAGAAAGAUCGUCGAGAAGUUGGGAGCUCUGUUCGACCAGAAAGAGACGGAGAACAUCAGAAUUCAAAGCAUUACUGAUAAUCCUCCGACUAUUAUAUGGUACAACACAAGCCUACCAAUGGACAGGUGUCCCAAACGAGAAAUUGAAGAACUACGCAACUCUAUAAUCGUUGACGAAAGAGGGGCAAUGGGGGGCAACCUCAAAGAGAAGGUGGAUCAGAUCUUUGAUAAGGACCUUAAAGUGAUGUCCAUACGGCUCAUACCUUUGGGUCUUUGUGCGGAGCAGAGCACGAAGAUAAUUAAGCCCUUGACACCAAUCGGAAAUGCGAAUAGCAAAACUCAAAACGCAAGUCCGGAGUACUCUGAUUAUUUGGUGACGUUCGUGAUCCCGGCUGUGGUUAUUGUGUGUAUGAUUUUGUUGGCGGGAAUCAUCGCCUGUGUCUUGUAUCGACGGCGGAGAACCGGAAAAAUGAGUGUUGGCGAUGAAGAAGAGCGCCAAGCGUUCCGGUCAAAGGGUAUCCCAGUCAUCUUCCAAGAUGAGUUGGAAGAAAGAACUGACACCGAGCCUGUCGACAAGAGCCCCGUCAUCAUGCGCGAAGAGAAACCGCCCUUACUCCCGCCCGCCCCAGACUACAGGUCGGGAGAGGACGCGCCCUACAGACCGCCCCCGCCCUUCGCAGCUUCCAGAACGCCCCCAAGGCCCAAAGCGACCCCCACGUACAGAAAACCGCCACCGUACGUGCCCCCUUAAAACCUAUGAACGCCCCAAAUUAUUUUUUUUUGUAAGAAACCUAGUCGACAUUGCAGCUCGAUUUUAUUUAUUGCUUCGAUCGGCAUUUACCGAAAUUUGCAUUUAUUUCGAGAAUGUUGGAUAACCUCGUAAUGGAAUUGUGCACAAGAGUACGAAUUUCGGAACUUUGGCGUUGUAUUUACUGCGUAAUUAAAGACUUACCCACAUUCAUAAAAGAUAAGUCUUAUUGCCCUUUUGACUAAAGUACUUUCGUCUCUUUCUGUCAAAAUUGUCGAAAGGAGUUGAAAAGAGACAGCUGUACUUCAGUGACAACGUUGCAAUUAGACGAUAUGAGUGAGGUUAAUUAGUAGAUGAAUUUUAAACUUAGAACACAAAUUAUGGCGAUGCUAUUUUACAUUUUUAUCAUGUUGGCUAAAUGUGCCAUUGUGUGCAUGAAUUUUAAAUACGACAUAUCGUAACGUUUUAGCCAUUAGCAUAGUUCUUCCAACACUGAAAUUGUGUGUUUGUGAAAUUUAGAAUAGAGGAAUGUAUUGGUAUAGUGUUACGCACUGUAUUUAAUUUGAAGUGCUUCUAGGAAAAUGGAUAUAUUACGACAUAAUUUUGAAUGAUAAAUGCAUCGAUUUUUAAUACUGGUUGAAUGAGACACUUUAUCGUAUAGUCGUGAAUUAUACAACUGACCCUAGUUUAAGUUACGAAUAUAUAUUUUUAAGAGUAAAAUAUCAUUUUGUACUUGUCUAAUUACCAUAGCUGUAAGGUUAACAAAUUGUAACUAUAGGGAAAUAUUAAUGAGAGCUAUGAGAUAACAUUUAUUUGGAUGUAUUUUUUUCGACCGUUUACUAAUGUAGGAGUUUUGCAUUUAUUAAUCUUUUUAGCGUCAUACGGUUUUAAGGCAGCUAUUUAAUUUUUCACAUGAAUAUAUUUUAUUGUAGUUGUACUUAAUUAUUGUCCAUGAGAUGUCGUACCAUUUUUUUUUUAUUUCAUAAAUUUCUUUUUGAGCAGCUAUUUUAUUUCAUCACGUGAACGACUAAUGAACGCACAUAUUUAUAUCAUGAUUUUUCUAAUUUAAUAAAAUGGUCUAGUGAU